AUGAGGUGACAAGAGGAAACCGCAGAAGGGGAAAAAGAAAAACAAAUGGCAGCGGGGCUCCAGGCCUCGCUCCGCCAUAUCUCUCUUCCGCCUUCCCCUUCCGCUGCUCGAUCUUUUCCCGCCAUCGGGAAGUCGCCUAGCUUCCGCCGCUUCUCCUCCAAACCCCUUGCUCUGAGUUCCCCGCUCAUGGAGGUCUCGGCACAGGCUCGCGCGGCUUCUCCUUCCAAGAAGACGACUUCGCUUCCCCUGCUGAUUUGUGCUUUCGCAGUCGUCGCUUAAAGAUUGUUGGAGUAUCCCGACCCCAUCCUGAGAGCGAGGAAUAAGCGCAAUCAAUACGGUUUGAUGAGAACUUGAGGAAGCUGGUCGAAGAGAUGUGUUUGGUCUUAUGUACAGAACUGAUGGCAUUGGACUCUCAGCACCCCAAGUUGGAAUCAACGUUCAACUUAUGGUAUUCAAUCCUGCUGGUGAACGUGGUGAAGGAGAGGAAAUUGUUCUUGUGAACCCGGUAGUCUACAAAACCUCAAAAAGGUCUAUCCUUUACAAUGAGGGUUGCUUAUCAUUUCCAGGAAUCUAUGCAGAUAUAGAGAGACCUGCGUCUGUCAAGGUUGAUGCUCGAGAUAUAACAGGUGGAAGGUUUAAAGUUAACCUGUCUGGUCUUCCUGCACGUGUUUUCCAGCAUGAAUUCGAUCAUUUGCAGGGAACUCUGUUUUUUGAUAGGAUGACUGAAGAUGUUCUUGAAAGCAUUCAUUCAGAGAUGAAGGCACUAGAAAAGAAAUAUGAAAGCAGAACUGGACUGCCAAGCCCCGAAAGCAUUGACAAAUAGGAAAGAACAAAGGAGGUUGCUGGUUUUGCUAGAACAUGAUUUACCUGCAGUUUUUGUACCUACAGGAUGGUCAACAUGUUCUGUAGAAGUUGUCUGAUAACCAAGAGGAAUAGUUCAUAUUAUGAUGAUUACAUGUGUCAGGGGCCCAUGACUAUAAAUUCACAAGGUUGCAGCUUAUUGUAGUAUGUUGUCCUUGCACAGCAUAAUUUUGUUGAGAACAUGUAAUGAUGACGUGCUGUAUUAGACUUAAAUAUCAAGCACAUUAGCAUUUUCUGAAGCCUUACAUCUACAUUGUGCAUAAUUGCAAUCAGACAAAAGUUCCACCCCCCCCCC